AUGAACCGCCGUGCACGAACCACUCACCGGUCCUCACCCAACCGGUCCGAGCCGUUCCUCAAGUACCUUAAGCCCGGAGCCCUAGCCCAAAUCCGAGACUCGAGAAUCAGCAGCUCCAGAUCUCACAGAAUCAACUGGAUCUCCCAGAUCCGUUCCACCCCGCCGAUGUCUCCCUCCGCCGACUCCGGUCUCCCACAGAUCACCGUCGCCGCCGAUGGAUUCCCUUGCUUCUCCGGCAGGAUCUACGGCCCGAGGUGCCCCCAGAGAAAGAAGCUCGUGGCGGGAAAGUCUGUGAUGUUCCUCAGGCCGUCGAGUCCGGUAUCCGACUCGCCCGAUCCGAUAAUCGAUCUGUUUAGUAGUGACAUUCUUGCUGCACAUUGA